AUGCGCAUCCCGUCGCGAACCGUCUGCCUACUUGCUCUCGUGGGUGGUUUCCGAGUGAAUUCGUACGCGAGCCUGUACUUCUGCAUGUGCGUGGACAUCAACGACAACGAGCUUGAGACCCUCGAGAUCAUCCACCACUACGUCGAGGUGCUCGACCGCUACUUCACCAACGUCUGCGAGCUCGAUCUCAUCUUCAACUUUCACAAGGCAUACUAUAUACUAGAUGAAAUCCUCAUAGCAGGAGAGCUACAAGAGUCAAGCAAGAAGUCCGUUGCAAGAGUGAUAGCGGCUCAGGACACGUUGGUGGAGACAGCAAAGGAGCAGGGUGGUCGGGGGGACGGGAAAGGUCCUACUGGUGGCGGUGGUGCUGGUGUGCAUGCAGGAGCAGGCGGGCACAGAGGCCUUGGGUACGGGUCUCACAGGGCGGAGGUAUCGAGUGGUGCCGGGACGAGCGAGGGCGCAGCGAGGACGUUCAGGCCGGGCGGAGUGCUGCGAGGGGACGGCGAGGGUGGGGAGCAGGAGGAGAAAAAGGAGCACGCAGGGGUUGGGGACGACGGAACGGACGGGGGGGAUGCCAAUGAGAGGGGGGUACAAGGGACGGAGGGGGACGAGGCGAUGGUGGUGGAAGAGAAAGUGCAGGGCGGCAAAGGAGGAGGUGAUGGGACGACGGCUGUAUCAAGUGGCUCACAGGUAGGAGGAAGCAGCAGCGGCGCGGAGAGGGAGGUGGUGGCGCUGCAGCAGCAUGUGCCCGUGGUGGGUGAGGAGGAGUGCGGGCGUGCCCUGAGUGAGGUGGGGGAGACAGCUGUGCUGGGGGCAGCAGUGGAAGCAGAGAAGGGCAGGGCGGUGACGGUGCUGCCUGUUUUCUUCGACAGGGGAGGCUCUUCCACUAGUAGCCACGCACCGGCUCAGCCGGGCUUGGAUGCAAGGGGUUCUGCUGCUGCUGCUGCUGCUGCUGCUGGCCCCGUGAGCCUGUCUAAGCAUGCAGAUGCUGGGUCAGGUGCUGCACCAGGUGGUGCUGUAGGAGCGUGCGAGGUGCUGCCUGUGGUGGAAGAGAGGGUGGGGCUCCUACCUGUUUUGGAUGACAGGCAAAAGCGCUUGCCGCUGUCCGUAGGAGCAGUGGAAGCAGCGGAAGUGACGUGUCCUGCAGACGUGGCAGUGCGGUUUGAGAGGCUCCACAUGGGCGUGGAGGACAUAGGGGCAGACGGGGUGGGUGAGGGGGCGGAGGGAGGGGCGGAGGGCGAGGAGAAGGAGCGGCGAGACAGCAGAGGAGUGCAACAAGGAAGAAGAGGCCAAGGGGGCUCACCAGGCCAGGGAGGCCUAGGGGGUCAAGUGGGUCAGGCGGGUCAAGGGGGUCAAGGGAGUGUAGGACAGCAGUGGGGUGAGGGAGGUUGGCAGCGAGGCAGGGGAAGGGGGCGUGGGGGCAGAGGAAGAGGCAGGGGCGGUGGAGGGAGGAGGGGCAGGGGAGACGAGCAACAAGUGGAGGUGGGGAGCGGGCAGUGGGCGUGGGGCCGGGGGCAGGGCGGAAUGCUGGAUGGGGGGGUGGAGGACGUGGGGUAUGUGACUGUUGGCGGUGUGACUGUAUCGACAGGUAGAGGUGUGGGUUGGCGUGGGGGGUAUGAAGGGCAGGGGUAUGGGGGUGGAGGGAGGCAGGGGCGUGGAAGGGUUGGGGGUGGGGCGAGGGGUAGGGGGAGGGGGAGGGGUGGGGAAAGAGGUGGGGGAAGGAGAGGUGGGAUGGGAGGAGAGGGAGAGAGUGAGGAGGAUGGUGACAGUGGGGAAGAGAGUGAGGAGGGCAGCGAUAGUAGCAUCGAUGCUGACGUGGCACUGGACUUUAUGGGUAACCUGGUGGAUGAUAGUGAUGAUGCGAGCAUGGGGGAGGGCGAGGCGGACGAUACGGAUGAGGAAGCGGAUAAGGGUGAGGAGGUGGUGGCGGGCGACGGAGGAGGAUCGAGGGCAGGCGGGGCGGCAGGGCAGGGCGAAAUGAGGAAGGGCAGUGAAGCAGGGGGGCUGGAUGUUGGCGUGCAUGGGGAGGAGGAGGAAGGUGAAGGGGCGGAGGAGGAUGCAGACAAGGGCGAAGGGGAGGAGGAAGAAGAGAGUGAAGGGGGGGAGGGGGAAGAGAGGGAGAAGGAGGAGGAAGGGGAGAGCUCGGAGGGUAUGGAGGAGGAGUUGGGCGAGGAGUGGGAGAGGGAGCUUGAGGCGGCCUACCAGAGGGAGCUGGCUCGCCGCCAGACAGCCAAGGGCAAGGGCAAGGGCAAGGGCAAGGGCAAGGGCAAGGGCAAGGGCGCCCCCUCUGCUGCUCCUGCUCCCCCCUGCCCCGCCUCUGCUGCUCCUGCUCCCCCCUGCCCCGCCUCUGCUGCUCCUGCUCCCCCCUGCCCCGCCUCUGCUGCUCCUGCUCCCCCCUGCCCCGCCUCUGCUGCUCCUGCUCCCCCCUGCCCCGCCUCUGCUGCUCCUGUUGCACGGGGCACUGCAGCCCCGACACGCGGCAGAGGGCGGGCAGCGAGGGGAGUGGGAGCAGGGAGAGGAGGGGGGGCGGGGAGAGGAGGAGUGGCAGGGAGAGGGAGGGCAGGGCAAGCAGGAGCAGGAAAGGGGGGAGCUGGGGAAGGAGAAGGAGCAGGAGCAGGGGGUGCGGAGGGCAGUAGCGGCAGGGGAGGGAUGGGGCGCGGGUCAAAGAAGGCUGCAAGGAAGGCAAAGAGGGCCCUGGCGAAGCAAACCAAGAAGGCGGCAAAAGCGGCGGGCAGCAAGAUGGGGCGCAGGAAGCAGGCGAGGGAGCUGAAGCGCAUGCAGCGAGCUGUGGGAUUCAGCCCCGAUGCUGCUGACGUGGACCUCAUGCACCUCAACCAGGGCAUGCAGCAGGUGGCGGUGGGCCGUGUGGACGUCUUUGCGUCGCCUCCAUUGACACAGCACCAGUUCUCCAUGGUACAAGGCAUGGCGCGCUCAUAUCGCCUGACCACCACGGUGCAGCAGAGUGGCAAGAGAAAGAUGCUGCUCUUUCGGUCUGGGCGGCACACAGCAGUGCCACAGGGAGAUGACAUGACUCGAUUGGAAGAGAUUCUCGGGCGCUUCAACCUUGCAAGAGCCGCUGCCGCAGAGUGUGGUGAUGCGAGCAGCGGGCCGGGGCAGCGGGGGGUGAGGAGGAAGGGUGGGGACUACAGAGAGCGGCGGCUGGCUCAGUACAUGGAUGACAUGGAUGUGGAGCGAGGAAUCGCUGAGAUGGAGGAGAUGAUGCUCAUGAUGGGUGAUGAUGAUGACAGUGAUGAGAACGAGGAUGAGGAGGAGGAGGAGUCGGAGGAGGAGGAGGAGGAGGAUGAAGAUGAUGAGAGUGGGGAGGAGGAUAGCGAAGAGAGUGAAGAGAGUGAUGGGAGCGAGGAGGAUGGGGAGAUUGAUGGGAGUGCUGAGAGUGAGGAGGGUGGGGAGGGUGAGGGAAGCAGUGAGGAGGAAGAUGCGUUUCUGGAGUUGGAGGAGGAGGAGUGGCUUGUGCCGGACGGGGGCGACAAGGAGGUGACUGAGGUGAGCGUGACUGUACAGAACGUGCAGCAGUCGGGCUCAGAAGCAGAGGAGGUUUUGGGGGUUCUGAUGAGUGAGGAAGGUGCAGAAACGGGUGUGGGUGCGUCCUCUGGUGCGAGCCCUACAGGCAGUGUGGCGGGUGUCACAACAAACGCAGCGGAUGCUGCCGCUGCAGCCAGUGUAGGGGCCUCUGUUGCCUUGCAGGGACAGGUCGCUGGUGUGGCCAUUGGUCAGGAGAGAAGGACUCUUCAGAGCAAAGGUGGGGCAAAGAGUGGCAGGCAGGGUAACGGAGAGGCAAGAGGAGGCCGACGAGGGCAAGGUGGCAGCGGUAGCGGAGGGAGGAGAGAAAGGGGAGGAAGGGAAGAAGGUAGGGUUGACAGGAGCAGUGUGGGUGGCUGUGGUGUGGCAGCGGAUUUUGCAAGUUUUGAGGCGCACACGAGGGGGUUUGGGUCGCGCAUGAUGGCACAAAUGGGUUUCCGCAUUGGCUCUGGCCUUGGGAAGGACAAGCAGGGCAUUUCCGAGCCUGUGCAAGCUGAACUACGACCCAAGGGUCUUGGACUUGGAGCGCGUAUAUAG